GUCAUUCUGUUGAUAUCAGAUUAGGUAAGCAUUUCUGAUGUUGAUUAAUGUAUUUACUGGGUAGUAUAAGUAAUAUGCUCUUGAACUUUCAUACAUCUGGAUCGUUUUUACAAACAUCAACAAGCCACCUAACCAUUUAUCAUUUUUAUAUUAUUGUCGAAAUCUAAAGAUGAAAUAACCGUUUUAUUUUGUCUUAGGACAUUAGUCUUGAUGUGUUUCUAUUCGUAAAACUGGAAAAUAAUCCCCACAACACUUAUAUUUUGAGAAAUUAUGUAUCCUAGUCUGUCCAGUAAAUACGCUAAUGACUCAACAUCAAAUUUUAAACAAAACUUGUGAAAAAUAUUCGGAAAAGUCAUGGAACGUUAAUGGCUGUUUAUAGAAGCAAAGUACUGAAAAAUAGCUCUUUAAGUAGAUCUACAGCUCCCAAAAAGGUUAUGUAGACUACAACCUAGGUGCAUCACACCAGUACCUUUGUGCAUUCAAUAUUGAUUACUACAAGUUUCUGAUUAAUGAUUGAGUAGUUACAUUGUUCGGACUCCUUAGUCAUUGACCGUAGCUCCCUGGGAUUUCUCGUGUGAGAAAUUCAAGGUGGUCGCUUAGAGUAAGCUCCGGGACAAUAUGAAGACUAUAAAACGUAGAAUGACAAUGUUACCCGAAGAGCUCAAUUGAUAGAGACUUCUCGGAACGUUUUGGAAAAUAAAAGCUUUGACGAAACAAAGGGCAAACAUUAUGAAGACAGUAUAACUGACCCGAAUUCCCGUUAGUUUAAGUUAUAUGGUGGUUGAGCGCAUAUUUAUUAAACAGAGCAAUAGCAAAGCCAUCGGUUUGAUAAGAGAAUUUUUCCAUUACACCAAAGGUAUUCAAUAGUUAUUUUUCUUACACAAUGGUCAUACGUAAGUCAACUCCGUAGCCAUUACACAUAAUGGCCUACAGCACUACAGAAUUUUGAAAAUACUCUUCAUGAAUGCCAGAUGAAUGAAAAAAGAAGCCGAUUGGGUCAUUCAGCAAAAUAAAAGCAGUUCAGUGAGGAAAUUUUUCUUCUUUACAAUCCUAUUUAUUACAGCUGUAUAGUCAUUUUUAACAGAGCAGCUUGUAAUAAGACAUACGUGUUGUGUUUCUAGCAAAUUUAUCAAAAAAUUCCAAUUAUUUCGAGUAUAAUCUUCAUGGAGGUUUUAAGGCUAACGCAACGUUAAGUUGGAGAUAAUAUCUCAAAAAAGUGUAACUACAAACACUAUCACACCGUCGUCGGAAAACAAAAUCUAUGGUCCGUAUUAUAUAUUAUUCGCAGUUUAUAAUCUAAGCAUAAAAAUCCAAACAUAACGUCUACUACCUGUAUACUUCCCUCAUGAGAAUUUAUCAGAAUAGUUCUUGUAAUUCGAUUGGUAUAGCAAUGAAGCCCUACGGCUUAUGACAUUCUGACAUGUUUAUGCGCCUUUCUGAACACUUAUUCAAAGGAGGAUUCACAAAAUAAAAGAACGUGAUAGUUUUUACAGAAUUAUUGUACUUCAAAUUGAAACAUUACUCGAUAGUAUGGAGGGGCAAAUACCAAUAAUUCCAGAAAAAGUCCUAAACGAACAGCAAGAAGAAAUCUAGGAGAUAAAAGAUGGUCUUUGUAGCCUUAAGAGUCUUAAUAAUAGAUUCGAAAAGAACAAUAAUUAUUAUGCAAAUUGUUCCGUUGCCAUAUAUUAAUUAAUUCUUAUACUUUCACUUGCUUCUUCCUCACUCUGUAAACGUGCGUAUCGCCCUUUUAGACUAUUUCCGAAAUGUCGCAAUUAAUUCGUUCUGGUUAAUAAUUCUGAACAGAAGUAUACACUAUUUCCUGACUCAUAUAAUAUGCUGUAAUCUUAUCUGAUAGGAAGUUGGAGGUAGUCGUCAGGAUACUUUGGAUAUAAGUUUUGUGCUAGUUAGGAAUGCUACUACUCGAUGAGUAAUCAGUUGUAAACAUGUCAUAUAUGUGGGUCAGCCGCGGCCUGUAUGCCUCGGUGAUAACGUCUCAAACUGUGAAGCUGGCUGAAACAGGUUCUUAUCCUACAGGGAACAUUAUUACCCGUAAGACUGCAGAUGUGCCUUGCUGAAAGGUUUCAUAAAAUCAAUGUCUUGGAUUUCCUGUUUACUACGUCCAACCAUCUAACAUAUCAUUUUACUGCUUGCAAUUUCAAGUCACUUAGACUAGUAGCCACGUUGCAACUUGAUCGAUAGGAUUCGACCAACACUAAAGAAAGACUUGGAAACAUGGAACUGGUUACCAUUUAGUGAUCAAUCAUUUGGAAUAUUUUGUUUAUUCACUUAUCUCAUUUUCUUUUCGAUUGUGCUCUUGACUACAUAACUGACUCCUAAGCACUUCACAGUUCGAUGAUUUUAGUUUUCAACUUUUUAUUUUGUUUCCCGUCAAUAUAAACAUACUUCUAAACAUAUGAUAUCUUGUUUAUUGGUUUCGAUUAUUUUACAUGGAAAUUAGUCGUUAGAUUUUAGAAUUCGUUCAUCGACAUUACAUUCAUAUUAACCUGAAAUAAGUAUAUUAUUAUUAUUAAUAUUAUUAUUGUUGUUGUUGUUAUUGUUAUUGUUGUUGAUAAUCUUGCUUUUACAACGAUUGUUAUGAUGUCCAAGAUGUAGGCUCUAACAGUCAAGUCUUAAUUGACUGGAGAUUAAUUAACCUACAAAAGUAAUAUUAUCCAGUCGCUUAUGACGCCUUAUCGUGUUUGCUUCGAGUUAGAAUUUCGAAUAAAGGGAUAUCAUUUUACUACAUAAGCACUUUUUAUUCUGACUGAUGAUUUUGUCUUUUGUCUCAAAUUAUCCUAAAGCGCAUUUGUCAAUAUUACGGUCUAGUGAAUGGUCGCCAUUUGACUACGCUUCCCUUCGUAUCACUGCAUAUCUACCUAUUGAUUAGCAUCUAUUUAAACAGUUGAAAAAUUCACUCAUCAAAUCAACAACUCCUCUAUAAAAAUAAUUUGUGUUUGUAAGAACUUUAUUUGGCUUCUUUCUUUACCAUUCUAUUUUCUGUACUUUUUCUUAACUGAUUAGUUCGUGACUGUGAGAUUUCCGCAAUCUUCACCAAAACCUCUUUACUAGUUAUAAUUGUGUUCAUUAGUGACUAGCUUUAAGAUGCAAUUCUUUCAGUUCUGGUGAGAGGUCAUGACCAGUGGAGUUCAGCUAUGUUGUAUAUGAAACAGUUAUCCGUCGCAGCUAAUGAGUGAAUGUUGCUCACUAUCAUGAGUCGAUUGCAGUUGAAGAUAAACACAGUUGUGUUACUUAAUGGUCUAGAGGCUAAAUGUCUACGUAUAAGUUAGAGGUCCUAGGUUUUAUCCCUGACGGUGGGUUUGUGAAUGCGCACUGCUGCGGAAUCCCAUACUAGGAUGAAACGGUUGUCUAGGGCCUCCAGAUUUCCAUUGAUGACGUAUGUAUGAAUGAUCCGUGAUGCAAACCACGAAAAUAUUACAAUCUCUACAAACGUUCGUAUACUAGUUAUUACUCAGUUGAAAUAUUUGUAAACAGAGUUACAUAUUUUUAAAAUUUUAUUAUAUAAGUUCAUUGUAGUUUAAAAUGAAAAUAGUUGAAGAGCAAACAGAAAUAGACGCUCUUGUUAAAUUGAAAGGUGGACCAGAAGGAAAUCUGUCAUGGGAUCCAGAGCCAACAUUACCCAUAAUACCAAUGGUUAGAUCCCAAUCAUGGGAAUUAAGUACACUUAUAUUUGACACAUGUUUCUAUUUUAUUCUUACUAUUAUUAUAUUAGGAAAAGUUGUAAUUAUCUAUCGAAAAUUUUAUAAACUUUGUAAUUAUCUAUUAAGAAGAUUGAUUUUCAUUGAUACAACCAGUUCAAUGGAACCGGAGGAUUGGAAUAAAACACAUAUUCAUAAUUAUACAUCGAAUAUAGUAGAAUAUAUUCAACAAUCACCUGAAACAUAUAAGCUUUUCAUUGAAGAUUAUAAAGAAUUAUUGAAGAUCUUAAAUUUUAUUGAUGAAUAUAGUCGUGAAUAA